ACAUGGCGUGUAUACCGAAGGCACCAUUGGUGGCAGCCACAAUGUACGUUAAUCUGGCGAAAAAACCCAGCAUAGCCAUCGUAGCAGGAUCAUCGACCUCUGAAGAUGUUUGUCCCUGGGAAUCUGGAUCGACAGAGCCAAGAUCUCGAAAAAACUCCAUUCAACUGGAUUCUGGAAGCUCAUCCUCUGAUACCAGCGUGGCUAUAGGAGAAGUUACCGAGAAGAUCCAACGAUCCUGUGUAUUGACUCAACAACAUACACUUGAUAGUUACAAAACGCUCUCUACUGUCACAACGGAACCCUCAAGGAGAGCUUCAGUUUCAGUUCCCAUCACGCACUCUACAGGUGAAGCCUCCAGAAGAAAGAUUUAUUCGUUUGAAGAUAGUUCUGCAACAACAAGUACUUCAUCAUCCGUGUUCGGUAAUCCUUGUGACCCAGACAAUAAAAAAUCAGAAGAUACAAAAACUCUCAAGAAGAGUCAUAGCCUCGCCAAGACUUUAUCAGUGACGGGUGCUAACGCUCCCAUAAUCAGUGUUAGUUCUGUGGUGGAUGACUCGCCGGGCGAUAAAUGUGAACAAGAUCUGAACGAGGAUUUAGAGAAAAAAGAAAAAGAAGACAUCGCGGGGUAUAGUCAAGAGGCGAAGGCUCCUUUAGCCGAACCUGAUAGUGAAUCACCAGCCAGCGAGUUCCCACCUUCGGAACCGGAAGAUCAUCUGGAUGGAGGGGGUGAGGCCAAAAGCAACGAUGUGUGCCCUUGGGAAGACGAGGAAACCUGCAAAGUUGAUACACCAUUCGUGAAGACCUACGCUACCUUAGGAUAUCUUUAACACCCUGUAUGUUAGAUUUGGUCAUCAUGUAAACACACAAAUUUCGAACGACCAUGAAUUUAUAGACGUAAGGAAUACCAAAUUAUUUAUAGUUUCAGAAUAACGCAUAUAUUAUGUAUUGUUUGUACUUAGCUGAAACAUUUGCUCACAAAAUCAUUGACAGAAAAACCAAUCAUAUCAUAGUUGUCGAAACGGUGAGAAAUUAUUCAAGUGAAUUUUGAUUCUUUGUUGAUGUUCUCGGAAGAACUGAACAUCAAUUUUCAUGACAAGUAGUUUGAAGUUAUAUCAAACAGAUAUUGUAUUCCUUUGAACAAGAGAAAACAUACAAUUAAUGAUACAAAAUAUGAACAUUUGGAUUCGUUGAAACAUCAAUUUAAUGAUGAGGAUACUACAUUCAUAUCAUAUUUGGAAAUUACAAUUAGAAUCAUGAAUAUACAUUGUCUGAAGAUAUAAAACUAUCGUUGACAAAACGUAGGCGUACAGACACUUUUUUAUAUAAUGAUUCCCAUGAGAAUAGGUCGAUGAGGCAUAUAACAAUAACAAUAAAUGUAACUAAUUCAGUAGAUGAUAAAGCAAAUGAUAUAACGAAUAUUACUGAUGUGGUGAGAAGACGAAUGAACUCUGUCUCAGAAAUCAGUUCCAGAUCUUAAUACAGUGUUUCAAAAUGUUCAGUUUAUGUGGGCAGAUGAUUGUAUAAUUCAGCAUCAUUAUGAGUGCAUGACUAUUUCAUCAAAUUUGUUUUUGAAGUCGAUACUUCAGUGUAAAUUGUUGAACAUGUGACUCCUAAUGAGCUUGUAUAAGGAUUUGUCUUUGAAUACUAAACAGACAGUUGCAGUAGAUAUUGCUUGAAUCACCAACGAGCCUUGCAUAAUUCUUUACAUAAAACCAUCGAUGCUACCGCAAAAAGAUAGCAGAUAACAGGCUUCUGUAGAAGAAAUAUUGAUUCAUUUGGUAUAUGUGAUUCCAAUAAGGUGCGGUGAAUCUUUGUUGGUGUCGCUGUGCCUGAUUUUUUUUGCAACUGUUCGCCAUACACAACAACCUGAGGCAAUCCUCAAUUCUGAUUGUCUAACAUGAUGUCGAAGAUUUGUUUCUUCAUUCAUGUAUAACUUCUGUGGCUGAUUACAUUAACUUUUCCUUACGAGGCCACUAGCUAGAGAAAUAUCAGGAAAAAUACAGAAUGAUUUUUCACAAAAUAGAAGGAAAUUGAAUCAGCAUCACUCUCACUCUCCAAAGAUACCACUGUUGACUGUAAGCUCUCAUUUUUAUUAUACAAUAAAAUGGCAAGUCAUUGAAACAGCAAGGAUAAAAUUGGUAUAAGCGUUGAGCCUUGAGAAAUCCCACAUUCGACGAAACCACAAUUUAAGAGUUUAUGGGUUUUCACGAUCUGAGUUCUCUGUUUGAGGUAGACUUUUCUCCUAUCCUAAACCAUAUAAUCUUAGUUUAUACAGCAUAAUUCAAUGGUUUAGACAAUAAAAAACUUUUGGCAAUUCACGAAAUACCACAGCUGCUGAAAAUGAUUCAAAUUGUUAUUCAAUAAAAUUUUAAAUAAGCAGGACAAAGGAUACUCAACAUUUCUGGUGUAACUCCAACAGUAAGAUAUUCUAUUUCAAUUCACUAGAGGUUCUAGUGAAUUAUUGUGAUACAAUGAUUUGUGUUUAACGAUUUUCAAACCCAAGGAUGAAAAAACAAAUGGAUAACAAUUUUGAAGUACACUCUAAAUUUAAAUUCUACUAAAAGAACAUCCACUCUUCAAUAAAAUUGACAUGUUUUAGGCUCGAUAGGAGAUAAUUUAUAAUGAUUGAAAUAUUUCCAGCCCAGAUCAGCAAAGUUACAUUCUGAAUUGUGAGUUAUCCCAUAAACUUUAAUUUGUUAGUCGGGUAUUAUUUUAAAUGAAACCAAAUUUUAUGUUAAGAAAGUGAAACGGCUUAGUUCAAAUAUCGCUAACGAUGAAGUAAUUUAUGAUAGGUGGAAACCGUUAUUUGUCAAGGAUUUGCUAGAGAAUACGGUGGAAAUAAACAGAUCUCACGUACCGAACAUCAGUAUUGAGGAUGACGUGAUUGAAAUAAUCAUAAUAUUUCAUUUACUUGUUCACCAUCCUGGAUUUGGUUUUUUCGUGAUAGCCUGUGUUCGUAUCUUAGGAAAAUAGUUUUCCAUCAUCUGAAUUAGAGAAUAAUCUUAAUUCUGAAGAGAAAAAAGGGAAUUCCUGCCAUCAAUUUCUCGACUCGAAUGAGAUGUAAUUUUUUUUCUGAAAUAUAGCCACUAUAUUUCCAUCAGGGGUGAAUCGGAACACUUUAGAAAUAUACCAAACCAAUAAUGUAGAAUAUUUUGAUGAGUUGAUGAAACAACAACCACAUAAAAUGCUACAAUCAUAAUAGAAGUUGUUUUGAGUUCAUCAGUGAAUAUGUGCGAAUGAAUAAACUGAAACAUUAUCAAACAUGUUUAGCCCAAUCUGGUUAAGACUUGUAUGAGCCCUUAAGCCUUACUAGUUGAGUUUUCCAUAUUUGAUAAUGUAAUAUCAGAAAUUACGUGGGAAUAUGAUUAUAUAUCUAAUCGCAUACACAAAUAUGCGUGAUAUUCAAUAUUUGUUGUUACAAUAAAUGGAUGUUGAUAUAAUACAUGUAUUCAUAUACCUAUAGGUGUUGUAAAAAUAAGUCUUAAAAAUGAUCCAGAUCGAAUAACGGUGCAGUUUUCGAUUUGUUCAAAUAAAAAUAAAGUUGUUCUCAGACACUUCUGUAUUACUAGGCACAAUCUAUCUAGUUAUAUUUAACAGUUAUACUAAAUAAAUGUUGUGUUGUAGAUUUAGAAAUGUUAAGGUACUGGAAAACAGAUUUCCUACGCAUUUUCUGACAAAAUUCAGUUUUCUAUGUCUGUUUGAUGUAAAGUCCAAUGACGUGUCUGAAAAUUGAUGUUUAUUCUGAGCAGUACUAACAGCAAUGUCUAAUAUCUAGAUUGUAUCACCCAUCCAUUCAAAUAUCGUGGAAAGGUAUAUUUUCUAUAUAAAGAAUAUAUAGUAUCACUCCACAAAAUAACCACAUUUCGACAGUUUUGAGUAAGUUUCUCACUCUUCCAGGCCUCUUGAUUCUUUAAAUGAUGUAGCUUUGGUGUAUAUUGAGUCAAGCAGCUAAGUUUCACUGACUUUCCGACUACACGGUUCCGUAUCAAAAUUAAUUUCAUCCUCUUGCAACCAGCGGCCUUUGUGCGAUGGACCCUGCUGGUUAUAUUAACCCCCUACAGAUGAGAUGGAUGUCUAGCUUACGACUCCAACUGACCUCCCUGUGGAUUUAGAUCAGGAGCGAGUGUUUUUCAACUUUCCAACUCCUGUGAACUGAAAAAAAAGUUUGGUGGUGCAGCCAAGAAACGACUGAGUCGUUUCCUCAAGAGCGGGGUACCUUAUGGAACCGCCUUGCACCAAAUUCUUGAGCGGCGUACGCAGAAUCUGACUCAGGUUGAAGAACAAACCCCCUAUGAACAGGUUAGCUCAAGUGAUGAUUCACCGAAACCAGAAGCGAAAAAGCCCUGCACGGUUGAAUCUAAGGCAUCGUCAGGUGUAGGUGACGUGCAAAAACCCUCAUAUGGGAAGGUUGUCGCUGGUAUCAAGGUGAAAAUCGUCAGCAAAGCCGUCUCUCACCAUCUGACCUAAAAGGCAACUCACCAUACAAACUAAUCGGCUUCGUUAAGAAGCUAGG